UGAAAAUGAACGAGAAGUUUGUUCGCAGUGCUUUCAGGUAUUGUAUAGACGUAUUGUCUUGUAGUUUGCAAAAGUUUCGAAACUACAGAGGUAGUUCAGUUUUCUUGAGUUCAGUGAAAGAUGGAGAAAGCCGACUAUGUGAACGUGCCUAAAAGGCAAUUGAGAGCUCGACAACAAACUCAAGAUGAAGAUGAAGCCAUCGAGAAGACAAUGAAAAUGUUCAGCUUGGAAAACGCGGCUGAUCGUGUCUUCCAUCGCAAAAAGAAAGUGGCUGGCGAAUUCGAUGACGAACAAGUCGAUGGGGACGGACACAAACAGAUUGACAAUCGCAAUCAGCUGGCCGUUUUACCAAGCGAUUUCGAUGACAAUGCCGAGUUCACAGGUGAGGAGAUGGAAGAUUGGCUAAAGAAACUUCACAUCCGGACGCAACAUCUCGUAGGUAAAGUAACAGUCACAGGAAUGAGUCGGUUGGCAGCCACCAAUAACGUCGCCACGGCUCUCACGCGCUUCAAAGGGAAAUAUCGAAUCGAUACGAACAAAGAUGAGUCGAACGAAGACAAUUCGUUCACUGGAACAGAUCGAACGUUACCUGCAACAGGGACAACACCCAUCCAAACGCCUAAGGUAAUCGAGAAAGAAAGUCCAAGUACAGAGGAAGCCGUGCGAUCAAAGAAGAUGUCAAAGCAAUCAACAGAACACAGAGUACCGAAACGUAAGGACAAUUCUUCCGGCUCUAAGGUGGUGGUCGUUAGCAGUCACAUCCGUAAAGCAACGAGGACAUCGAUUCCGGCCGGAUCUGCAGUCUCCAGCACCGAUGCCGUUCGUAAGACGACUAAAGUGAAAAUUACUAAAAGCGUACGAUCUAUUCCCAUUAAAUCAAAGAUUCACUAAUCAAUUGUUGAGUCCUAUUUAUAAUUCAAGACUUAACUGUGGUUGUUGCGUUGCUUGUUGAUGUUCACUCACCUCGGUGCUGGCCCUGCUUUUAAUUGAUCAAUUUAUUCAUCGUCAGUAUAUAUUGGAUUUCAGAAUGUUAUCCGUAGUUUGUAAUCUCCUCGUGAAAUAAA